ACUUUUGCAACCCUCGUAACGUAAUGUCAAAAGUAAAUAAAGUAUUUUCAGACAAAAAUUAAUAUUUUACAAGAUUCAACAUUUUUUUGCUAAUAUUUAUUAAUCUGCACAUAAACUCAAGAUGUGUUAUUACUUUUCUACCUUUCAAUACAUAUAUGUUAUUUAGUGGUGUCCUUUUACAGUGGCGUUUAUGAUACAAAUUUUACGUAAAAUAUUUUAAUCUUUAAUGCACAAUGUACGCUUUUCCACGGGUUUUCGUGUACUAUUUAAUAUAGAGUAUUUAAGACUUCCUAACAUAAUAUCAAUUGGUGUUCAUUUACUGUGUUGAAUCAUCGUGAAUUUGCGAGUGUCGUCUCAGGGCGUAACCUUCGAAUUCGCGUUAAGGCUGUGCUAAAAUGAUAUUUUUACCCUUUGCUGAAAAGUGAAAUAAUUUGUGAAAAUGGCUGAUGACGAAGUCCUGUUCGACGAUGUGUACGAGCUUUGCGAAAUCAUCGGCAAGGGUCCAUUCAGUCUGGUGCGCCGCUGUGUUCAUCGACAGACAGGACAGCAGUUUGCAGUGAAGAUAGUUGAUGUGGCUCGCUUUACAGCUAGCCCGGGACUUAGCACUGCAGAUCUGAAGCGUGAGGCGACAAUAUGUCACAUGCUAAAACAUCCGCAUAUUGUGGAGUUGCUCGAGACAUACAGCUCGGAAGGAAUGCUGUACAUGGUCUUUGAAUACAUGGAUGGCUCCGAUCUGUGUUUCGAAGUGGUACGUCGAGCCAGUGCCGGAUUUGUCUACAGCGAGGCUGUAGCGUGCCACUACAUGCGUCAGAUACUGGAAGCGUUACGCUACUGCCACGAGAAUGAUAUAGUGCACCGCGACGUGCGGCCGCACUGUGUGCUGCUGGCUGGGCGCGACAACUGCGCGCCCGUCAAGCUCGGCGGGUUCGGUGUGGCCGCUCAGCUGCCCGCGCCCAGCGAGCAUCGCGCGCCGCCUGAAUUGGUGAUGGACAAUCGACCCUUAAUGGGCCCAAUGGGUCAAGCAUAUCUGAAAUCAGACGAGUACGGUCGAAUCGGCACACCGCAUUACAUGGCUCCGGAGGUGGUGUCAAGCCAGUUGUAUGGGAAACCUGUGGAUGUAUGGGCCGCGGGCAUACUCCUUCAUGUUCUGCUCGUUGGAUAUCUACCAUUUACGGGCACCAGGGAGCGACUGUUUGAAGCCAUAUGCCGGGGGAGAUUGAGAUUCGAUGCCCCGAUGUGGGACGAUAUAAGUGACGCCGCCAAAGAUUUGGUCCAACGGAUGCUGACCGUGGACCACACCCAGAGAAUCAACAUUCAAGAAGUUCUCAACCACCGAUGGAUAAGGGACCGUGACAAGCAAAACCGCAUCCAUCUGGCGAGCACCGUCGACGAACUGAAGAAGUUCAACAGUCGGCGGCGGCUCAGAGCGGCCACGCUAGCGGCCGCACACGCGGACGAUGAAGAAGACGAAGAACAAACUGCGCGGCGGCAGCUCAUGCUGGAGGAGGCCGCUGCUGCUGCCGUGAACCUAGUGGUGGAGUCGUUAGACGACGUGUCCGUCCUGCAAGACGGGCCAAUGUUCGUGGACCCGGACCUGUUCCACAGCGUGCUGGACGAUCUGCAGCUCAGGGCCCUGUUGGAGGUAUUCGAUCGCAUAGCGUGCACCGUAGUGGUGACGAGCGGACGGGCGCCGGCGGCGGACGGGCGCCAGCGCUGCCGCGUGGCGCUGGAGAACGUCACCCGACCGCGGCACCCUGGUGGCGGCGUGGGCGCGGCCUCGCCCGCCACCGCCACCGCCAUACACGAGGUGCGGAGGCUGCUUGCGCAUCCGCAUAUCAAGGCCCUACUCCAGGCUCACGAUGUGGUCGCUCGAGAGGUGUACGGCGAGGAGUCACUGCGCGCGUCCCCCCCACCAGUCAAUGGGCGCACCACAGCGCCCCCACCGGAGGACGAAGACGACACUGAACCGGAGUUCGAGAACGUGACCAGGGUCCGCCUCGUGCAGUUCCAGAAGAACACUGAUGAGCCAAUGGGCAUAACACUGAAACUGGCUGACGACGGGCGCUGUAUCGUGGCCCGUAUCAUGCACGGCGGGAUGAUCCAUCGACAGGCAACGCUGCACGUCGGCGAUGAGAUCAGAGAGAUCAAUGGUACACCCGUCGCCAACCAGUCUGUUGCGCAACUCCAGAGAAUGCUGCGUGACGCUCGAGGAUCAGUGACAUUCAAGAUUGUACCAUCCUAUCGCUCAGCACCACCGCCCUGCGAGCUUUUCCGGAUAAAGCCUUCGCCCGUGCUAAUAUUUGUAAGAGCUCAAUUUGACUACGAUCCAUUGGAAGAUGAGCUAAUACCGUGCGCUCAAGCUGGCAUCGCUUUCAACAUAGGAGAUAUUCUUCAGAUCAUAAGCAAAGAUGACUCUCACUGGUGGCAAGCCCGUAAGGAUGCUUCUGGAGGUUCAGCUGGUCUUAUACCAAGCCCAGAACUCCAGGAAUGGAGGGCUGCAUGCGUCGCAGCAGAAAAAUCUACCACCGAUCAAGGAGCCGAAGGGUGCGUCUCACACACCGAUGGAUGUGAAAAUACAGUGAAUUGUUCCAUAUUCGGCCGUAGCAAGAAGAAGCAAUCUAAAGACAAGUACCUGGCCAAACACAACGCCAUCUUUGAUCAGCUGGACGUCGUCACUUACGAAGAGGUCGUCAAGUUGCCAUCAUUCCAAAGAAAAACCAUAGUGCUGCUUGGCGCGCACGGGGUUGGUCGACGCCAUAUCAAGAACACUCUCAUAGCGCGGCAUCCCGACCAGUACGCCUAUCCGAUUCCACAUACCACUCGCCCACCGAGACCCGACGAAGAAAACGGUAGAAGCUACUACUUUGUUUCUCACGAGGACAUGAUGGCUGAUAUAGCGGCCAACGAGUAUUUGGAGUAUGGCACCCACGAGGACGCAAUGUACGGUACAAAACUGGAGACAAUACGGCGCAUAUACUCGGAACGGCGGAUCGCCAUCUUGGAUGUGGAGCCGCAAGCGCUGAAGAUAUUGAGGACAGCGGAAUUCGCGCCGUACGUCGUUUUCAUCGCUGCGCCGCCGCUCAACAAUGUUGCUGAUUACGAUGGUUCCUUGGAGGUCCUAGUUCGCGAAUCCGAGAACCUGCGGCGCACAUACGGACACUACUUCGACCUGACCAUUGUCAAUAAUGACAUAGACGACACUCUCGCCCAACUCGAAGCCGCAUUGGCCAGACUACGCUCCACCCCGCAGUGGGUGCCUGUGUCCUGGGUAUACUGACAGUCUGACUACUAUCUGUAAAAUGAUCUGGACUUUAUUACGAUGGAAUAUGGUUGCGGUUUCAACAGCUAAUGAACCUGCUAGUUGGUGCCAUUCAUUUUUGAAUUUGGAUCUAACAUAGUUAAAGUUAAAAACAAGAUUCGAAAAGUUUCACGUGUAUCAGGCCGGUAAGAAUUUCAAAGGUAUGGUGCCAUCUAGUGGCGAUUUUAAGAACUACAUGUCGGAUUAUGAGUGAUGUAAUAAAGUCUUGUUCAGGCAGUUUCAAUCUUCGUCGAACUUAGAUUCUAUAAAAGCACAAAUUGAAUGUGUUUACUCACUUUAUCAUUUGAAGCUGUGACAGCAGACAUAGAUAAUAAAUAAGGCUUGAUUUUCCUACUAAGAUAAUUUCAGCGUUAAGAAUCUUUCAAUCACUUAUAGCUACUUAUUACAUUAACAGUAUUUCAUUGUACCUAAUACUCUUAGAAUUAAUUUUAAAAACUUAUAUACCAUUGGUAUGAACUUUAAAAGUAGAUACCUAAUCUGAUCAAUGACCGUCAGAAAAGUUAGGAUUUAAUAACAAAAUAACAAAAAAAAUCAAAUUAUUAUUAUUAGCAAAUUAAAAAUAAUUGUGACUUCUUUUUGUUUCAAGAAAUAAUUGAUUAACACUGUUGCAAACUUUUUUUACCUUUUGGAAUAAUGUUGCGCUUAUGAUAUUUUUAAUGUCAAAAAUAACAUGGUUAAUAACGACAGGUUAUACGAAAUGACAGAUGUAUAGAUGCCACUAUAACGGGCCUAUAAAAAUAUUCGGAUUUGGUAAAAAAAAGUUUGUGGCAUUGUACCUUAUCUAUAAGUACUAGAUUUGUUUUGUUGGUAUCUCUAAAACUAAUAAAAUAGUUACUUAAUUUUACUUAAUUGAUAUUGUGAUAUAUUUUUUUUCUACAUUUUCUUUGAUAUCAGCAUGAAACGCGUAUAGCUUGCAUAUUGUUUGGUGCAUUUACGCUCAAAUCACAUUAUGUGCCAAAUGUUUGUGUACGAAUUUUUCGGCAAAAAUUAACUUAAGAUUUAAGGCACCUUGCACAUGACACACUCACGGGACUUUUGGAACAAUGUACAUAAUAUACAUUAGUAGAUAAUUAAUGAUAACGAAAAAUACUUCUCUAGCGGUGUAUCGUAGCUCAAAUAUUCACUUCGACAUUUGAAUUUAGGAAUUCUAUUUAGCGUAUGUAAUUUAUGAAUCUUGUCGUUUUCCAACUACUUAAAAGCUUUGACACUAAUUUUAAUGUAAUAUAUUUAAAAUUUUAAUAUUAUAUAAACUUCAAUUAGACAAAAGUGUUAUGAUCCAAAUGAAAUAAUAUUCGCCAAACUAAUUAAUAUUUACUUAACAAUGUUAUUACCCUUAACAAUAUUGAUUUUAAAUUUACGGACCUUGUAAAUUUUUCAUUAAAAUUUGGUAGUUGGAAAACGGUCUAUUAUCACAGGAUUAGAAUCACAGGGUUGCAAGAAUAGCGUUUUUCUUCAAUCUGGAUUUAGGUGUUCCUCAUAUCUGUAUUUAGUUUCCCUUUUAUACAUAUUUUAAAGCAAAAAAAAAAGUAUGAUACAAAUAAUUUCAUGUCAAGGGGCUCAAUGACAUUGAAGUUUUGCUAUAUAAAGUAUUUUACCUACACAUUAUCACUUUUUUCUGCGAAAUAAAAGCAUAAAAGUUAGUAAAAGUUGCAUAUUGCCUCGAUCAAGUACCAUCGAUAUUAUAUACCUCGAUCAUUUUACAUCAAUUCACGACAACAUUCCUGUAUAUAUCCUAUAUAAUAUAUAUUUUAUUGAGUAGGAAAAUUUUACUUCUCGCUAUAACUCACUGUUUUUACUUUUUAUUAAUUAUUAGGUUAACAUGACAUUAUGUCAACUUUAACAAAACGGUGUAUUCAUAUAAAGUAUACCGUAAGAAAUAUUAUUGUACUUUUUUUUAAUUGAUGAACAAUUGGUUGUCCAAUUGUAAAUUACCUAUUUAUUAAGUAAAAUGUAGUGUACCAUAAUAUUUAUAAGUACCAUUAACUCGUUUGCGUCAUAGAAAUUAAAUUUAUUUUCAAAUCCAUAUUUAUUUUACAAUUAAACUUCGUAAUUAUUUUUUUUUCAUUAUUAAAAAGAAUUAGUAUGAUGUAGUUGGUUACUCUGUUUUUCAUGUUAUUUUUAUAGUAAGGAGCAUAUGAUUUGUGUCAAAUUACUUGGGGCCAAAUCAGCUAUUUGGCUUCGACAUCCUUUCCCUAAAGUAUUGCUAACAGAUAUGUACUUCCCCUAGCGAAUAAUGACCGAAAUGUAUGUUCCAAAAUUCAUUUUUCAGUUACCCAUUUUAUUCAAAAUUGAACGAAUAUAGAGAAUGAUUGUAGUUAAAUAAAUAUUACUUAUACAAUAUUGAAUUUAAUAUUAGGUAAUGUGUGUGAGAAGUGUAAUGGAGUGCGGGUAGCACUGUUUGUUUCGUUACAAAACUUUUAUUAAUGUUGCCACAUAAAAAAUAUUUAAGUAUAACAAAUUAUUUCAAUGCAAUAUGAUUGUAGAUUGUUCUGUUGCUAUUUCAUAGGAUUUAUUGAACUUAGGAUAUUCAUUCCAAAAUAACGUUUAAAUUUAUUUUAUGAAUUAUAUUAGGCGGUGAUUGUUCAUAGAUGGAUAUUUCUAGAAUUUAGAAAAGAAAAUAUUUACUAGACGAGAAAAUAUUUCAGAAAUAAUGGCUUCUCAUUGAAACUAUAUUUUUUGGUUUUGCCAUACAAACUUUUUGCGGAACCUAAUUUUGACGCAUGAAAGAGGUAAAUUUUAGGAAAGGUUCAUGUAAUUUUAGACAAUUAAAAUACUAAGAACUAAAACUAGAUGUCGCGUUGAAAAAGCGGAAUGCAAUAAGUUUCUUUCAUUGUUUUCAAAUAUAUUUUUACGAUUUUUAGCUUUUGGCAAUAAAUAACAAAUUUAUUUAUUACUUUGCUAAGUACUUUUUUAUGUUAAAGUUAUUAUUCUCUAAUAAUUGUAAAUAUUAUGUACUUACAAAUGUGUGUUCUGGAAUAGUUUUUCUUUUAUUUUCCCUGUACCGCGCUUUAUGGAUGAGUGUUAAAGAGUCUAACAUUAUAAUGUAAUAAUUAUGUAAUAAUACCUUUAACUGAGAGUAUUUUUAAUGAUAUUAAGCAUCACAAAUUUAACUUUAAACAUUCCUUCUUUUUUGAGACCGAGAUAAUUUAUUAUUAUUUAAGAUACGUUGUGGCAUUAUUAAUGUUAAUUGUUGAAAGUCAUAAUAAGUUAAUAAAAUAUUGUGAUCAUUAGUUAUUUUAUAAUUUAUUAAUUUGAUAAGUAGGUCAUCUUAAUUUUUUUUUUCUGUUAUAGAAUGUAAACAAUUUCUCCUGUGGUUUUAUGUUAAAACAGGCAUCACCUCACAUUAGUAAUAUAUAAUUAUAACUAUAGGAAAUAUUCAGAAAAGUAGACAAAUAUAUACCUAAACGUUUCAAUAUAAAAUCAUAUGGAACAGAAUGAAUCUUAAACCAUAGAUAUAACCAUGAAUACCUGUUAAUUCUAUUCUAAAUGAUAACGAGUGAGUCAAGCUGACUAUAUAUUAACCUUUUAAGGUACAUUUCAGCUCGUUUCAAUCGUUUCUCUAAAUGUAUCUGUCUGAAUAUAUCAAUGUAAGAGAUUGCAAAGGAAAUGGUUUUAUCAAGAACAACUAAAGAUGACUGAAGUAAAAUCUUAUUACAAUAACUGUUAAAAUUGAAUAAAUCGCACAAAAAAUA